AUGGCAGGAGGUGCCUAUAUUGAAAGUGGUAGACGACAAUACGAGGGAAAGGUGACAGCAUUCGUGUUAAUUACAUGUUUCGUUGCUGCUAUGGGAGGCCUUCUCUUUGGAUAUGAUCUUGGUAUCACGGGAGGAGUCACAUCUAUGGAACCAUUCUUGGUUAAAUUCUUUCCAGUUGUAUAUCAACAAAUGCUGGAUGAUUCCAGUACCAAUCAAUAUUGCAAGUUUGACAACCAGCUAUUGACAUUAUUCACCUCCUCUCUGUAUCUUGCAGCAUUAAUAGCUUCUUUUUUUGCUGCCACAACCUCAAGAUUGUUUGGACGCAAACCAUCCAUGUUUUUGGGUGGCUUAUUUUUCCUUCUUGGAGCACUGUUGAAUGGCUUUGCAAUUAACGUUGAAAUGCUUAUCAUCGGUCGAAUAUUUCUAGGUUUUGGUGUUGGAUAUUGUAAUCAGUCUGUGCCGAUUUACUUGUCUGAGAUGGCUCCGGCUAAAAUUAGAGGAGCACUCAACAUUGGAUUUCAAAUGAUGAUCACAAUCGGAAUCCUAGGUGCAAACCUUAUCAACUAUGCAACUUCGAAGCACCAAAAUGGGUGGAGAGUAUCUUUGGGAGUUGGAGCUGUGCCAGCAGUUUUGCUGUGUGUAGGGUCUCUUUUCUUAGAGGAAACACCAAACUCUUUGAUCGAAAGAGGGCAACAUGUAAAAGCCAAGACAAUGUUGCAGAAAAUCCGUGGCACCAACAAUGUUGAUGAGGAAUAUCAAGAUCUUGUUGAUGCAAGUGAGGCGGCUAGUAAGGUGGAAAAUCCAUGGAAGAACAUUACAAGACGCAGAUAUAGGCCACAACUCACUCCAGUGCUUUUUACCAUUUUGGGCUUUGGCAAUGAUGCCUCCCUCAUGUCUGCAGUUAUCACAGGAGGUGUUAAUGUUCUUGCUACACUUGUCUCUGUUUUCUGUGUAGACAAAUUUGGAAGAAGGCUAUUGUUUCUUGAAGGUGGCGCUCAGAUGCUUGUUUCUCAGAUUGUGGUUGGAAUCAUGAUCGGCAUGAAGUUUGGAUUGAAUGGUGAAGGAUCAUUUAACAAAGGAGAAGCAGACAUCCUGUUGUUGUUUAUUUGUUUAUAUGUGGCAGCAUUUGCAUGGUCAUGGGGGCCACUAGGUUGGUUGGUACCAAGCGAAAUAUGUUCUCUUGAAGUUCGACCAGCAGGCCAAGCUAUUAAUGUGGCAAUCAACAUGUUCUUUACCUUUGGCAUUGCUCAAAUAUUUCUUAGCUUGCUUUGCCAUUUCAAGUUUGGUCUCUUUUUCUUCUUUGCUGCUUGGGUGCUCGUCAUGACCAUUUUUAUUGCCUUCUUGUUACCUGAGACUAAGAACGUCCCUGUUGAAGAAAUGAAUUAUGUUUGGAAGUCUCACUGGUUUUGGAACAAGUAUAUGCCUGAAUGUGAAGAUCUCGUUGCUGGGGCUUACAACAAUUCCGAAGCUACUCUUUCAAAUUAAUUAGAAGGAAUAGUCAGA